AAAGCCAAUCCAAAUAUUUUUCAAAAAUUGAAAAAGACCGUUGUGUGGAAGAAUGAAUAUGGAUGCUGCUUCUUCUCAACGCCAACUCAAAGAGAAAAUGGAACAUCAGAAACUUCUCGAAAACAAAGAAAACGAAGCUCGUCAAGAAAUAUUCAGUACAUGUAGCAAAGUGAUGGAUGGUAGUCUCAAGUCUAAAAUUUCUUCAUGUUCAGAAGACAACGGCAACUCAGAAGAAGAGAGAAUGGAUCCCAUGUUAUUAAAAGAAAGAGAAGCUGCCAACUAUUUAGCACAACAUGCAGAUAUGGUUCGUAAUGGAACAUGGAAAAAGAUGCAACUAGAAAAAGAAAGAAAAAUGAGGGAAGAAAAUGAAAGAAAAUUGAAAGAAGCUGCCUUGUUGAAAGAAAGCAACGACCAGAAUAUUGAAAAAGGUAAAAUAGAACAAGAAAACAAUCCAACUCAACAAAGUGCAGUGGAGCCAUCCCGUAGAAAAAUAUUGCGUUUCCUUUGUUGCACUGUAGUGGAAGAAAGUUACUGAAAAAAUACUUGGUUUCUUUUAUUUCCGGUAAAUAAAUGUUUUGAGUGUCCU